CCCACCCAACCCCCCAACCCACUGCAAAAUGCUCCAGCACAGGCCAGGGAGAAGCUGGCUGUGGCCCGACUGCAGCGAGAAGUUGCCCAAAGAAGAAGUGAGGGGGCCAUGCACGAGAAGCUGAUACAUGAAUUGGAAGAGGAGAGACACUUACGUCUUCAGAGUGAGAAGCGGUUGCAGGAGGUGACACUGGAGUCUGAACGCAACCGGAUUCAGAUGCGUGGCCUGCAGCAGCAGUUCACCAGGAUGGAAGAAACAGUACGAAAUCUAUUGCAGAAUCAGGGCCCUCCAGACCAGAAGAGAGAAGAAACUGUUAACAUAAUGGUCUAUCAGGAAGUGCUGUCAGAGGAAGAGAGAAAGCACAAAGAAGCUUUGGAAGAUCACAUGGUGGUCGAUGAGGACUCCAGGAGCGAAAGCAGCAGUGUGGAGGAGGGCAAAGAAAAGACCAAAUUGCUGUUAGAAAGACUGAAAGCUCUAGAGGCGGAGAAUUCAGCAUUGGCUUUGGAAAAUGAGAAUCAAAGGGAACAGUACGAGAGAUGCCUUGAUGAGGUAGCCAACCAAGUUGUUCAAGCUCUACUCACUCAAAAGGAUCUAAGGGAGGAAUGUGUAAAAUUGAAAACAAGAGUGUUUGAUUUGGAACAACAGAAUCGAACGUUAAGUAUCCUAUUCCAACAGAGACUCAGACCCACUUCUGAUCUGCUCCUCCAGAAACUUCACUCACGCAUCUUAGAUCUUUCAUCCGGAGAUUUGCAUUCAGAGGUGGAACGAAGCCGAAGUCUGACCCAGACACAGAAUGAUGUUGAGAUGCACGAAUGCCAGCUGAGUGCAAAAUCGGGAGCCCCUGCUUUGAAAUGCCCUGGCUUGGGGGUCGUCGUCCCUGGUCAUCUCUGCCCUCGCAGCAGCUGCAGCAGCAGUGAACUGUCCCUGUCGAGCACCUGCAGCGAGUACUCCAGCGGCUCCUCCUACACGUGGCAUGACGGGAAGAACCUCAGGAAAAGGCAAUCAUCACAAAACUGGGAUAAAAGGCUGAGUGUUGAUUCCUCACUCCCAAGUGGCUUUGCUAGUCCUACAGAUGAACUACCUCCAGUGCGUGUCAAGGAAAGCCACAUUUUGGAAGGACUAAGGAAGCUACAGAAGCGAAAAGUGUUACUUGAAGCCCCGUCAGUGAUAACCAAGUGGGGCUAUAAAGACUGCAUGAACUCAAAUGAAGGAAUAUAUUCUCCAGGAAUUAAGAGUAGCAGCCUCAAGGAGCAUGCCCCCUGCAAAGCAGCAGAGGUGGGGAGCCCCUGCAAGGAGCCCCACAGGGCAUUUGUUUAUGACACAGAUUCCCAUGAAGAGGCCGAUGGGGACUCUUCCUCCCUGGCGUUGCUCCAAGCCUUUCCACACCAGGCCUGCAGGCUGCAUGGAUGUAGAUUACCCCACAGUGUUUCUGACAGUCUGUGCGGCUGGGAGUGGAAUGGGAAGCACUUUCCAGAAGGCACCUCAGUUUACCCCAGGGAAGGACCUGGAAAGCUGAGCAGCUGUGCAGGCAGCUGUGCCUUGGAGAGGAGGCUGUGCCCACGCGUGCAGGAGCCGGUGGUACAGAGAGGGAGGGGCCCCCACAGCCAGGGCCACGUGGCUCUCAGUCUCCAGCUUUCAGACACCGACGACAAUGAAACCCUCGAUGAGCUGCAUAUAGACAGCAGUGAUGAGAAGAGCCCUUCAGACCUGUCACUGACUGCAGACACCGACAGGUCCCUGGAGAAUCUGGACAUCCUCAUGGCACUUGGAAAAUCUCAACCGGGGUCUCCCGGUGAGGAGGAAAAACACAUGCCCACCCACGUAGCGAGGAGGCCAAAGACACUGAGCUUCGUAAAGCAGCACAGGGUUGUCAGGAGGACGUCUUCGGAAGAAUGUGUGACUGUCGUAUUUGAUGCGGAGGAUGGUGAACCCAUCGAAUUCAGCUCCCACCAGACGGGCGUUGCCACUGUCACCAGGAAUGACAUUUCCCUCAGUCCGACCCCGACUGGCCCCCAGGCAGGACACACUGCACGCUUACCUCAGGGAACUGCUGCAAGAUCCCACGGCUUCGCCCAGUGGCCCGAAGGGGAGACUGAGAGAAACCCGCUAAGGGCCGGUGCAGAUCCUGUGGCCGAGGUACCCACUGCAACUUUCAGCCCCAGGACAGUAACGCAAAACACUCACAGACAAAAGCUGGCCAAACCCACACGGAGCACGUCGUGCCAGAGUAACUCCAGGGCUUCGGUGUCCAUGGGCAUCUAUCAGAAACAAAGUCUGACCAAGAUACCUGCCAGGGGCAAGUCUUCUCCUCAGAAAUCAAAAAUCAUGGAGCCUGAAGCCUCCUCCAGAGGCCCCACAUCUGGCCCAGGGACUCCGGAGAAGUCAGCAGCCCUGGCUCCUGGGAAGGUGUCCCGGUUCAGGGGGACCCAAGGCCCAGUGCACCUGUGUGGCAUGCCGCCAGAUUCACACAUUCCAAAACACGGUUCCAAGACGCCCUGGCGAAGGGGUGGGGUCCCAUGUGCCAGGGGUCAGAGUUCAGCCCCACAGUUGCUGCCAAGGCCCCUCAGUGAGCCUGGUGAUGAUGGAGAACACCUCACAAGGGAUAAAUACUGUGACCCUGGGCCAGAGGCAGGGGUGAAGUCACCCUCUCCCCCUCCCCCUCCAGGCAGGUCAGUCUCCCUGCUCAUCAGGCCCAGGUAUGACUAUCUGCAACCACCCUCAUCUGCCAAGCCCGAAACCAGGGUCCCCCAUGAAGCAGCCAGGACAGUGUUCAAAUCCCCGCCGCUGAAAGGACUCUCUUCUGUUCUUCCCUCGAGUCGGACAGUAGUGCUGGGGCGGGAACCUUCGGUGGCCUUCCAAAAGCCCCCCUUCACUAACCCUCUGUCCUCCCCAGAAACGGUGAUUCAGACCAGAUGCUCUGUUCAUGCCCCCUCCAGCUCAUUUGCCAUGAUGGCCCCGGGCCCCCCAAAGGUCUCUCCAAAGAGAGGUGUCCCCAGAACCCCACCUCAUCAAACACUUAAGACCACACAAACAGACACAGGAUUACAGAGUCCCAGGAAUUGUCCUUCAGCCCAUGAGCCACUGGAAACAUCCUCCUCCAAAAGUCUGUCCCCAGGAAGAAAGGGACAACUGAAUGACAGUGUCUCCACAUCACCCAUGUCUUCCUUCUUAGGGGUCAAUGAAUCACCAUCAUCUCAGGUUAGAAGCCCCUCACCCUCCUCCAAAAGCCAUAGCGGUCAGAACGCUCACGAGAGAGGCUCGAAAACUCGCCGCCCAGGUGGGCUCCAAGUGCUCAUGGAGUCACCCCAGCCGCUCAGGAGAAGUUCCACGAUGCCCGGGAAGCACGAGAAGGACAGUCUCAAUGAAGCCUCUAAAAGUUCUGUGGCUGCGAGCGUGUCAGCGGCAGAACGGCCGGAGCACCCCGGGAACCCGGCCGGCCCGCAGCCCGCAGCGGGGGAGGGGCGCGGGGCUGCGCCUCGUGUCCAAGCGCAGGACAGUGAGCCCCUGGAGGCAGCACCGCCAGAGUCGCUGGGAAGUCACCUCCCUGGGGCUGAUGGGAAAGAUGGGGUAGAAAACAGGUCUGUGAAAAGGUCUCUUUCCUCCAACAAGCCACACCUGAAGCCAGCUCUGGGCAUGAACGGAGCCAAAGCCCGCAGCCAGAGUUUCAGUGCCCACUCAGGCGACACGCCCCCCAUGGAAGGGCCUGGCAGAGUCCGAACUCAGAUUAUUACCAACACUGCUGAGAGAGGCAACUCUCUCACCCGGCAGGGCUCCUCCGCGGACGCCUCUCCCAGCAAGACGCCCCCGGCCCCCGCGCCCGACAGCCUCCCCAGUGCUGGGCUCCUGGGGCAGGCCCCCUCCAGGCAGGGCUCCCUGGGGAGCUCAGGCAGCUCCGGCAGCCAGCAUGGAAGCCCUAGCAAGUUGCCUCUGCGGAUCCUUCCCAAAGCCGAAGGCCUCCUCACCCCACCUGGGCCGAGAGACCCGCAGGACUGCGGCCAGGGCGGCUGCCCCGGUGGGGCUGCCCUGCGGGAACCAGGCAGUGACCACUGCAGGUGCCCGCCCCCCCCGGCGGACUGCCCACGGGUCCCGCAGAGCCCCGGGAGGACACAGUGCCUAAGCAGUUUUGAAACCAGCAGGACUGCCAAGCUAGAAACUUCUGGAAGGUAUCCAGAUACUUCGAUAACCAGGACUAAUGCUGGGAGCCCAGAAGCCCCCCUCUCGCCCACCAUCGAAGAAAAGGUCAUGUUGUGCAUUCAGGAGAACGUGGAGAAGGGCCAGGGGCAGACAAAGCCCCCGUCUGUGGAGGCGAGGCCGCGGCCCGGGCCUUCCUUCGCCAGCUGGUUUGGCUUUCGGAGGAGCAGGCUGCCCGCUCUCAGUAGCCGGAAAACGGAGGGCCCCAAAACCAAAGUGGAAAAGAAAGACGCCAAAGGCUUGGGCUUUGGAAAUAAGCAGCUAAAAUCAGAGAGGAAGAAAGAGAAAAAGAAGCCGGAGCCGCAGUGUGAGGUGGAGAGUGAGCUUCACAGGGACGCGGAGCUGGCAGAUCAUCCAGACGGUGGUUUCCAAAGCAAGAGUAAUCGGAAAACACCGCCAGACAUUUACAACCAAACGAAGUUUGAGCCGAGAAAUAGACCCAGUCCUGUUACAUGUCCAACAAAAGACACCUUUAUGACAGAACUUUUGAACAGAGUUGAUAAAAGAGCAGCUCAACAGACAGAAAGUGGAUCAAAUAAUGUUUCCUGCAGGAGCGUGUUAAAGGGCAGCUCCCAGGGCUCCUGUCUCACCGGCAGCUCUAUCAGUGCUCAAGGAAACCACAAGAAAAACGUCAAAACCAAAGCCGAUGUGGAAAUACCGAAAGGCUCCCUGAUAAAAGAGGCAACGGACAACCUGCAAGGGGAUGAAGAAGAUCCAGUCGUGGAUGCUGCAUUCCAGAGCCACAUCAUAGAGUCCAACUGCCAGAUGAGGACCCUGGACAGUGGGAUCGGAACCUUCCCACUCCCGGACUCGGGAGCACGCUCAACCGGACGGUACCUAUGCCAGUCGGACUCCCCAGAGGACGCCGAGCCCCUCCUGUGUCUCCAGCCAGCCCUCUGCCCAGCUCCUGCCAGCCGCGCCCAGACCCUCGAACGAGAAGUGCCUUCCUCCGCUGACAGCCGGGGCUCUGUGGACAGCGCCAUCGUUCACUCCACGUCCGACCCCCUCAUGACGGCCAGGGGGGCGCGGCCUCUGCAAAGUCGCCUCCCCAAACCAGCCUCCUCAGGAAAAAUCAAUUCCCAAAAGCAGAAUGAAGCAGAGCCAAGGCCUCAGACUUGCUCGUCAUUCGAAUAUGCUGCACACACAAUGGCCAGGGAGCUGCUGCCAGACUGGAGGGGCGACGCCCCCCCUGCAGACACCCAGAAAUUGAAACAAGUUGAAGAAACAAAAGAGGAUCCUGAGAGUAGAUUAUCUAAAAUUUCCCUGGAGUCAUUCAAUAAAUAUAACAGCAAUACUGUGAUUUUAUUAGAAAAAGAGAAGUCUCUGAACAAGGUUGAAGGACGAAAGGAAGAAAAAGAAAAAAAUGAAGAGGCAUCUUUGAGUAGCUCAGACAAGCCCAGGGUAGACAAUUUGGAAUCUUUGAGUGAUUCUUUAUAUGAUAGCUUCUCUUCCUGUGCGAGUCAGGGUUCAAAUGAUGCAUAAAGAACUUCCCCACCCCACCCCUUUAGUGAGCUGGAAAUUGAGCACUUAAGAAGCAGGGGUUGGGAGGGAGCAGGCAGAGACGACAACAAUAAACUAUUACUACAUCAGAGUGUUGUCAGGUUCGCAGCAAGCAACGUACUGGAACUUUCUUCUUUUACAGGGCAAUAAAGAUAGACUCCAUUCGUUGUGCUUCAUAACGAUUAAAAGUAAACACCCAUGAGACAGAAGACUUAAUUUUGCACUUUUUUUUUUGAAUACUUGUACAGAAGUUGUAAAUUUUUUGGAAAAGAAUUAUAUUUGUAGCACAAAAAGAGAGCGAGACAAAAGCAAUAAAUUGAAUCAGUGCCAUGCUCUUGAAAUGAUGUACUAAGUCUUUUAGAAGUUGAUGAUAAUAUAUUUUUUUAAAUUCCAACUAAAGUUUUUGUUCAGUUCAUCAUCCUAGUGCUCAAAUUGUUUGUGAGUACACUCUGUAAACCUAAAACAGGGCCUGCCAAAAAGAAGAGGCUCAUUGUCAUCUCCAACUCACAAUCUCAAUUCGAUAUAAACUUUAAUUCUAGUGCAAUUUCAAAAUUGUUGCCAGAAUGAUUCAGGCUCUAGUAAUAAGUAUGAUUCUACUUCUGCUGAGAAAUGUAAAGGGUACUGAAGUGGGACACUGAUCCCUAGGAUGUGUAUCAGAAGUGACCUAAUUAUAUUUUCAACGGCAGAUUUUCCCUCCAAGCAUUUCCUUAUAUCCUAUUCUACUUAGUCCUUCACUAUGAUUUGUAACAUUUUUUGUUGAUUUUUAUUUUCCUGCUCUUUUUUUAGAA